AUGGAGAAACCCACUCUCCCACCAAUUAUAGAUACAACAAAUUAUGAAGAAUCCGUUACGCAUUUGCAAACUGUACUCCACAAAGAAAAGGAGUGUGAAAAAACAUGUGUUGCCUAUUUAAAAUCAAUCAAUAAAUUCUUUGCGACCCUCGACGAUCUUAGCAUUUUACUGAAUCAAACCAAACAGAAGUGUGAAGGCGAUGGCGACUUACUUGUUAAUAUUCGAAACAAAGUGCUUCAGAAUUUAGUCGAGUUAGAGAAGUCCCGUUGUGACAACGAACUCAAAAUUAAUUCAUUUCGAAAAUCUCAAAUCCAAGAGGACUUUUUUCAGAUUGAGUCUUCGCUGACUUCAAAAAUGAAGACCUCAAUCUUCCCGUCAUCUUCACAACUUUCAAAAAGCGACGAGAGAAUUUCUAUUCUUCAAACCAAUGAAUUUUCGACUCACCCCGAAAAUUCCAAAAAUAUCACCAAACGCGAAACUUCAAAACCUCACAAAAAAAGUGAAAAAGCCAAAGCCGAUGCCCACGACAUUUCUCCGACCAAAAAAGACAUUGAAAAAUAUUCAAAAACCGCGAAAAGUGAAAGUGAAGACAAGUCGACUAUUCUCGAAGAUGACGAAGGCGAUCUUCUCGAGAUGGAGACGAGUGGAUUCAAGCGUUUGAGCAAUGACACGUACACGGUCAACCCAUUCGCGCUCGACUCGCUCACGGAAAAUGCCCAGUCGAUGACAUCCGACGACAUGUUGACCAUCGAAGAGAAAGCUCAGAUCUUUGCGUGGAGUGGACGAAGUGUCGGGAAAAUGGUAUAUGAUUAUGAUAAAACGCCUUCGCGAGUGUGUAGUAGUUUGUUUAUUAAAGCGAUUUUGGGAUGCAAUGGGUUGGUUGUUGUAGUGUCUGUGGAAGACAGUGUUUUUGGUGUUUGUCUUUAUGAAAAAGUCCUAAGAACGUCGACAAAUGUUGACGACCCAAAAAGUUUUGUUUUUACGUUGCAUGAAAAUGGCAUUGAUAAAAGAAAGAAAUUUCUUAUUAAAAAAGAGAAUUCAAAACACGCGUUUUACAUUGGCGCUAUUAAUUCAAUGGCGUUCUUUAAUGUGGGAAAGGGUGAUAUAAGAGUCUCGGCAAAUAGAGAGAAAAAGGUCAUUUGCGACUGUAAACAAAAUGCGUUUGACUACGGCGGGUCAACAAAAAACAUUGUUGGUGAUGUCAACGAUAAUAAGACGGUUGUGCCUCUCAAAAGAUUUGUCGUAUAUAAACUUGAGAUGAAGUGA